AUGUUUCUUGUGGGUAUCAUUCCUGGGCCGAAAGAACCCUCGUCGCAUCAGAUUAACUAUCUUCUCCGUCCUCUUGUGGAUGAGCUCGAACUCCUCUGGGAAACUGGUAUCUAUGUUGAUCGAACAUGCUUACACCCACAUGGGCGGUCAGUUAGAGCAGCCCUUGUUGCACUAGUCUGUGAUAUGCCUGCUGCUCGCCUACUGGGUGGGUUUUCGCAUUUCAGUAAUCUCGGAUGUCCAUGUUCUAUGUGCAAACACUCAGGUCUUAACAACCUUGAUGAAACCUCAUUCAUCCCUCGUACUGGUGAGGAGCAUCGGCGGAUGGCUCAAGCCUGGCUUGAUGCCAAAACUCAAGAGGAGCGUGAUGGCCUCUUUGCACAGAAUGGUGUUCGAUGGUCAGAACUACUCAGACUCCGAUACUGGGAUCCAGUGCGAAAUACGGUAAUAGAUCCCAUGCAUGGCUUCUAUCUCCGAAUCCUCCAGCGUCAUUGCAGAGAUAUCUGGGGAAUGGGUGUCAAACUUGAAGACUCGGAUGGGAUCUGGGAAAUACAGGAUCUUAGCGAUGAAGCCAAAGCCAAUACCCAGAUGAUCCUUCGAACCGGUGGUAAAACUGCUUUAAAAGGUCUUACAAUUACGGCUUUGCGUUAUCUUGCUUCAUAUAAUGGUCUAGACCCUUACCGGAAGAAGAGUGCGCUACUCCAUCUGCUUCCUUCUACAUCCACCCUCAUGCCUCAACUUCUCCUUUUCCCCCACCAAACAUCCGUUACAUCUACAUCUUCACCUUCAAUGCAUUCACCUACAACUACUUUACCGGUCCCUCUCCCUACAGUUCCCUUGAUUGAUAACGAGCUGUUAUCGGAACUGUACAAGAAGGCACCAAGGUCGAAAAUCAAUUCGUUGGGUUGGAAGAAGCUGCGAGGACUGUAUACCUUCAUUCAACACGCAAAGACCGCUGCUAGUAAAGAGACGACAAUAGCAGAGGACAAUAUUCCAACAAAGCCGACGGCGACUGAACGGGAGCAACUAAAGCAGUAUAUUCACCAGCAAGUGCGUAAUGAAGCAGGCCAUAUCGUUAAGAGAAAAGACAAAAGCAAGAAAGCGGCCGGUGUGCUCGGGAAGGCCACUCUCGCCGAAGUCCGAGCAGAUAUGGAUGUGUUGUCGUUACCGUCCUGGGCACCCACUGCACCUCGUCAUCCGGGAGAUACACAGCAUGGUAAAUUCACUGCCGACCAAUGGCGGGCUUUCUGCACCGUAAAUCUUCCGAUUACUCUUAUACGUUUAUGGGGUUCUUUCCCUAAAGAAGACAGGAAAUACAAGAUGCUCGAAAAUUUCCUGUCUCUUGUCAGGGCUGUUCGCCUAGCCAACAUGAGAGUCGUUACUGAAGAAGACAUUCAGGAAUUCGAAAAGAACAUACGCGAUUAUUUAGCACAACUUCGUGUCCUCUAUCCUCAUACUAACAUCACUGUUUAUCAACACAUGAUGCUGCACUUUGGUUUUUUGCUGAGGCGGUUCGGCCCUGUGCAUAGUUGGCGCUGCUUUGCUUUCGAGCGCUACAACUACAUACUCCAAAACACUUCCAACAAUGGACACCUCGGUGAACUGGAAACUACACUCUUCACUCGAUUUUGUAACGCUCAAAGGUUAAAGUCUAUAUUUCACGCCAACAGACUCCCCCUUUAUCUGAAAGAGCUUGCCGGGCUAUACAAACACUAUUUCGAAAAUUUAGAUACGCGGGGCACUCGUAUAUCGGAUUCGCUUGCUUUCGAUGAAACCUCGGAAACAGUUGACUGGGACAACAGUAAAGCCCUCAAGCGGCUGGAUGCUAGACAUUUCAAAGCAUUACAGCAAUGGGUGGACAACCACUCAGACAAUCCUGGUAUCUUGCAACAAGAUAUGCUGUUGCGGAACAAGUUGCAACGUCGAGGCCUCACCUUCACAAACCAGAGGAAAUCUUAUAACGAUGCUCAGAUUGUCGUGAACCUGACUACGUCACCCAACUGUUGGUCCGCGGGCUCCAUCCAUGAGAUGUUCACUGUUCGCUGGCUUACUCCAGACGAACGAUACAUCACUGAGACAUUUGUGGAGGUUAACCUGUACCGACCUUUGUCAGGUGACGAACUUAUUCUUGACAAGUACCGUCGGUUCGGUUUUGUCGGUGGGAAAUUGUUUCAUCGUCAUGGUGUAAAGGACACCAUUCUCUUGCCGCUAGACCUCAUCCCUUGUCAUUUUGCAUGUUCUGUCCAGCAAGAAUCUUCUCAUGACGGGACAUUCAUACAUGCACUGCCACUCAACAAGAUAAGCUUAUGA